AUGACCUCCCUACCCGCAUCGGAGCGCGUUCCCCCAAGCACCACCGCACUGGUCAUCGCAACCGCCAUCCUAGCCGGAGUCGUGGGCUUCUUUAUUGGGCAGGGAGCGUCGUUGGGGAUUUUUGGAUCGGGGUCCGGGUCUCGAUCUGCGGCUGCGUCUGCGUCUGCGUCUGCGAGAGGAGGGGGUAGAAGGGAUGGUAAGGAGGAGAGGAGCGAUGAGGAUGAGGAUGAGGAGGGGAGCGAGGCGGAGGAGGAGGAUGUGGAGGAGAGUGAUGGACGGGGAGAGCUAGCUGCGUUCGAGGGGAAUACGGAGGAGGUCAAGCUUGUGCUUGUUGUGAGGACGGAUCUGGGGAUGGGGAAAGGGAAAAUCGCCGCUCAAUGCUCCCACGCAACUCUUGCCUGCUACAAGUACUACCUCGCGCGCGCACCGGACUCACCUAUCCUCAAACGCUGGGAGCGCGGCGGGCAAGCCAAAGUCGCGCUGCAAGUUAGGAGCGAGGAGGAACUGCUGGUGCUUCAGGCGCAGGCUGUUAGUUUGGGGCUUUGCGCGCAGGUUAUUCAGGACGCGGGCCGGACGCAGGUUGCCAGCGGCAGCCGGACUGUGUUGGGGGUUUUGGGGCCUAAGGGGAUUGUGGAUGGGGUUACGGGGUCAUUGAAGCUGCUGUAA